AUGGUGACAGAAGCUAAGCUCAGGACUUCCUGUGCUCAUGUUGGCACCGCUCUCAACCAGAACGAUACAGAUGAAUACUACAACGAAAUGGAAAAUAUGGUGUUUGAUCCGACCUUGGCCUCAUGCUGUGAACGUGAAGAGCACGAGUAUAAGAAGGCCAUGAAACUUAAGGCGGUACUGACAGCACACGAUCCCACAUCCGGAGCUGUACGGAUGCGUCAUCAAUUGUUUCGACCGCCUUUAGCGACUACUACAUCCGCGAAGCCACAGACUUCAGUUGCUGUUUCUGAAUCUAUGAAGUCUUGUAUGUCAAUAUCGGACUCGGGAUCUGAUGAUAACUUUGAGGACAGUGAUGAUGAGUUUAGUGUGGAAAGUAUGCUUGCAGUACGACGCAAACAGCUUGAGCAGCAAUUUCAAAAGGCAGCACAGGAUGCGGCUGAUGGAUACGGGGUGGUACUUGAUGCAGAAGUGUCGCAUUUUGUGCAAGAGCUGCGGGAUGAACCAGACGUGCCUAGAGUGGUGCUUGUCCUUGACAGUAGCGCCACUAUGGAGCCAGCGCUUGUGCGUGCAAUGCGUAUUGAACUGGCUGCUGUGGCACAGAAAUUUCUGGGCACAAAGUUUUACAUGGCGAUGAUCGCAAGUGGUGAUGAUAAUGUGUUGCGACAAUUGCGACUGCCAUCCGUGUCUUCUUUAGCGGCGUUUCGCCGUGGCAAACUCGUGAGUUCCAUUGCUCUGGACUCAAAAACAUUGGUUACAGAGAUUGGAACAUAUUGGGAAGCGCGUUUUUUGCCAUGGCUGGUCAAAUGCAGUGUACUGACCAGGGAGCGUCAUAUUUGGCAUCAAAAUAGUCGGAGCAACUUUAGCAUGAAGAAAAUUGCUUUGGACGACGAGGAGAUGGAACGGCAUGGCUUUGAUUGUGGAGUGCUAGGCUGCCGUCUACGCUAUGGAUAUGAACAUGAGCAUGUCGGUGCAUCCGAGCAAACGAAGAAGGAGAUGGCUGCGUGGCGUCAGAGAGAUUGUACACCACAGAAAGCCAAGAUCGUGAUAGCACAGAAAAAAACGAGUGCGCGUGAGCGACUAAGCUCUGGCAUGUUGCGCAAAGAGCUGGACAUGCGGCUUACAGCGUACGUCCCAGCAGUUGUACGUCGCCAUUUGGAGAAACAGGACUUGCAACAUCCACUAUCUAUGCCAACUACACACCGUACGAUGGUUGUAAGCAUGUUUGCUGACGUGUCUGGCUUUACAGCCAUGACCGAGUCACUUGCUGCACGUGGACCAGUAGGUGCAGAAGAUCUAGCCAAACACCUUAACUCAUACUUUGAGCAACUCUUGCGACUCGUAUCCAGUGCAGGUGGCGACGUGUUUAAGUUUGCAGGUGAUGCGAUGCUUAUUUUCUGGUCCGAGAGUAAGGAAGAUACGAUGGAUAGUUUAUUGCGUCGUGCACUGCAAUGUGCAUUACGCAUUCAGUCCCAUUUGCACGAGGCAGAGCUAGCUCGUGGCGUCGUAUUAAGUGUAAAGGUAGGCUUAGGUAUUGGUGAAGCCACGAUUGCACAUUUGGGAGGUGAGAGUGAUGGAGCGACAGCUCGUAUUGAGUAUGUUGCCGUUGGACCGGCCUUGGAACAGGCAUUUGAUUCAGAACAUCAGGCUGAAGCAGGAGACGUCAUUUGCUCAAGUGAGUGCUGGGAUAACAUCAGCGCGUUCUUUCAUGGCGCACCUGUUCGCAGUCGUGCUAGUGGCAAGAACGACCAUACCAAUUUAUUCCACAAGGUCACAGGUGUUAUUAUGCCUGUCAAAAUUUGCUCGUUUCGGCCGUCAUUUACACGCCACGAUGCAUUGCUACAUGAACGAAUGAAGCAAUACGUAUCUCGAGCUGUGUGGCCCUAUUUGGAUGCCCAUGAUGAGUUUUGGGGAUCUGAGCUUAGAGACUUGACCGUAUUAUUUAUUAAUCUUGGCUUCAGUGAGCAGGAUUUGGCUCAAAUGCUUGGAGCAAACGAACUACAGCGAUUGCAAGAUGCAUUUGCUUCUGUGCAAAAGUGUGUCUACGACUAUGAAGGCACAAUCAAUAAGUUUCUUGUGGACGAUAAGGGCAGCACUGUCAUUGCUGCAUUCGGAUUACCACCCGUGACUCACGAAAAUGAUCCCAUUCGUGGCAUUUUGGCCUCACUUGCUAUCUGUGCUGCGCUCGGAAACAUUGGCUUAAAGGCUUCUGUAGGAAUUACGACAGGUACUGCAUUAUGUGGAGUUGUUGGCCAUCAAGGGAACCGACGAGAAUAUACUGUUUUGGGUGACAUUGUAAACCUAUCGGCACGCCUUAUGCAACGUGCAAAAUCCGAAGGGGGUGGAGUCAUCACGGAUGCAUCCACAAAAAUCUACACGCAGGACGUGCUGCAUUUCGAGAAACGUCCAGAGAUAAUGGUCAAAGGUAAGAACGAAAGCAUUAAGAUUCACCGACCGUACCCACGGAUGUCAAUCUUGCUCGACCAUCACCUAACAACUGCUUCCCAGCAGUCCGCGGCUCAAGUUAAUGCCAUGAGAUCUACGUCGAAGAUUGUUGGACGAGUUGCACGCGCCAAUGCGCUCGCUGUUGUAAGGUGUGCCGCGCCAAUGCCGAAUCUAAUGGAAAACAUGCACCGUGUACAAGUGCGUGAUGCUCAGCGAAGGUUAUCAUUACGUGCAGACCGUCAAAGGUUGUCAGCAGAAGAACUGGUUGAGGGUGAGAGUUUUGUGGAGGCUCGAACAGCAUUGAUGGAAAAGUGUUUGCACCUGAACUCGUUUUCUCCAGGCGGGGCGUUUGUGCUGGAGGGUGAUAUUGGCGUGGGAAAGACAGUGCUACUGCGAUCUGCUCUUGCAAGUCCCGAAGCUGGAGACUACCAAGUACUUGUUGGUACAGCUUGCCCAUUUGCGACGAAGAAACCGUAUGCAAUUUGGUCGGAGCUAAUCACUAGAGGCGCGUUGAAGUUGUCAGGGAAUACUACUACCAAUGGUCACCUAAAUACUGAACCCGCACCGCCCCUUUUUCCAGACAUUAGCACCACCGAUAGCUCACGCUCUGCUGUACAGGCACCGAGCAGAGCGGCUGAAACGGAACGUCGAAAGUGCGUGGCGCACUUUGUCAGACAGAAAAUAUGCGAGGGUGCUGCACCUAACACGACGCUAAUACGAUACGCGUCUUCACUGAAUGCAAUCCUGGACACGGAUUUUGAUGCUUAUCCUGACACUUCUGAUGUCAAUUCUGAAACAGAAGAGAUGAAGCACAAUGACAACAACUGUCAAGAAUUUAGCGAGUCAUAUUCUAACCAGAGUGAAGAUAAUGCAACUGAGGAAAAUCAACGACAAAACAAAGAAGAGAUGCGCGCAUCUGGGUAUGCGUUUGCUGAGAGACCCGACAGGACACUAAAUGUGAAGGAGGAGGAGAUUGCGUCAUGGUUUCUUGGUCUGUUGGAAAUGGAUUUGGUGCAAAAAGAGGACGCAAAAGCCUCGUUAGAUCACCCAGCUCAAGACGAUGCCAAAGAUGAUCAAGGCAUCGACGAAAACGAACAAGAACCUGACUGGAGACCCGUUGACCUCGAUAUCAGUGGUAUUCUAUUAUUAUGUGCGUUAUAUGCCAUGUCGCGCGAACGGGCUACAGUGUUUUGCCUUGAUAGUGCCAUGUAUAUGGACGAAAAAUCGUGGGUUUUGGUCGCAAUCAUUGCGAAGUAUUUUACGAAUUGCCUGAUUGUAGUUGGAACACGACCACCGAGCUUGGCCAUGGGUGAACAUACCGAAAGUUCCUCAUUCCGAAAGCAAUUGCGUUUGCUCAAGCGAAUGAAGUUUUCGACAUGUAUGUCGAUGGACACGUUCAGUAGUGAUGAGAUUGAGGUGCUGUCGCAACAGAUUUUGAAAGUACCUUCUAUUCCCAACAACCUUUUGGAAAUUCUCAUGUCACGGUCACAAGGUAAUCCACUAUUCUUACAUGAGAUUAUUGCUGAGAUGCAGGAACAACAAGUGAUUCGGGUAGAUGAAAAGAAGGGUGCGCGCAAAUGUGAACUGCACGUGCAAAAACCAUGGGGUGACAAAUAUAAAGCACAAUUUUGCUUUGCUUGUCACGCCAGCUUCUUGAACCCAAGAAAAGAUAAGGUUAAAGAGUUGGAGAUGGACCAGGGCGAGGAAACAACCAAAAAAAUCAGGCAGCGGUGCAAAUGCUGUGGAUACAUUUUUUGCGCAGAGUGUACACCGAAAGCAUGCCAAGCAAAGCUCCCGGGAAAGUGUAAUGAGCCUGUACGUCAUUGUCGCAUGUGUUACAACUUAGCAUCAUCACGCCGGCCUGGUGGCUCAACUCAUGGCAUUGGAGUUAGCAGGGGGGUUACCGGAGAAAAACGAACACGCACAAAACGCCGAUUGCGCUCUAUUUUUCAGCCUGGAAAUGAUGGCGACCAAGUUGCGUUGUCGGCCGCAUCAUCAAAAUUAUCUUUUGGGUCGGGUACUGAAACGCUCACGAACCGCAUUGCGCUUCGCCCGCCUCGAACUGUCAAGAGCGUGCUGACUACAAUGCUUGACCAGCUGACAGUUUCUCAGCGUAUGUUAAUGAAGACAGCUAGUGCCAUUGGGCCUGUUUUUGACCGAGAGAUCCUCCGUGGCGCUUGCCCUAUCGAAGCUCACCUUUCUCGGUUUGCACAAGACCUCGAAGACUUGGAACAAUUGUCGAUGAUACGCCGAAUCGACACGUUUAUUGGAGGCGUACCCACAUCAUCUCAAUCGAUCGGUGGGGCUAUCCUUACAAAAAGCCAAACAACAGCAGCAAGUAGUCACUUGAAAGUCAAGUUUGAAUUCAGCCACGGCUUUAUGUGUGGUGUCAUUCGCGAGCAAAUGCUUCGAGGUCAGCUUGACAAACUUAACACUCGUAUUGCUGAUCUGCGCGAGCAGCAGCAGAAGAAAUUGCGCCACAAGUUUUUCUCAAAGGCUAACGAAAGUCUUUUCCGUCCACAGCGGUUGGCUAUCCCAUCGUCGUCUAUGGGAGAAGGUUGGCGAGCACUUACUCCGACAGUAGGCAUGGGAAACUCACGAUCUCCAGUAUUUAGCGACGGAGGACGACGACGUCUUCUGGUGUGUCGCGAUUCGCACCUAGGCAACGAUUUCAAUGGAUUACACCAUGGUGAAAUCACUAGCGAUACAGCGAUCGUAACGUCCAUCUCAUCGUCUGAGUCGUCUAUGACGGAGGCUCUUCAAGACAGCGAAUGUGAAGAGCGAUUUUCGUCAGUGUGUAGCCUACGAAAUGCUUCCUCUGUGUCGUUGUGUUCGUCCAACAGCACACUUGUCGCGAUACCAUCGUUAAUGCGUUUGAAAGCAAAUCGCGUAAUAGUCAAGAAAUAUAGCAGUAUGUUCUCGCACCUGAAACUCAAGGGGCUCAAGAACGCUCGUCAGUGGAAGACGCGCUACGCAGUCCUGCAGAACACACGCUUGCUACUACAGUACGAAGAAAGCGAUCCGAUUGCGAACACCACUGGAUCUGCAUCGCUGCAAGCAGGAGUUUGGCACGGGACAUCACUUUCUCUCGAAAGCGCCAAAGUGAGUGCGUGCGAUCCAGAGGUGGCCACAAAACUCAACUGCUUUCAAGUCGAGGUUUCGAAAUGGAUGAAAAAGGGAAAGAUUUAUAAAGACCAGCGACGAUCCUUCAUUAUUGGUGUCGAGUGUGAAGAAGAAGUCGAAAAUUGGGUCUACAUGAUUCGCUUUGCUAUUGAAUCUCUCGAACGCCAACCUAGCAUCGGAGCUCAGAACAGCACUAGAACUUGCGUGAAGCUAAAGCGACGAAUUGAUGCGACAAAGCUGUUAUGA